AUGGUGACACCAGGGCCAGAAGCACCUGCCAUGGAGCCCCACUGCCUGUUGUGCUGGACUCUGCUGCUUCUCUUUGUGAACAGUGUGACAGCAGUUCUCACCCUUCCACUAUCUCUUCUGCUCCAUGGCCAGCGCUGGUUCAGUCCAGAUGACCAGAAGACUCUGGCAGCAAAGGGCUCUGACAUGGCCUCUCCUCAUGUCCUGGAUAGAGGUUUGUCUCUGAGCGAGGAGGGGGAGCCCCAAAGAAAUGGAGCAAAAGUUCUCAGUCCUGAUUCUCCCCAAUCAGAUCAUUUCAAAGUCCUCCCCAAAUCGAAGGUGUCCCUAAGCCCCCCCUGGAGCAGAAUCUUCCGGGAGGAGAAUGUGACCCUCACCUGCCAACUGGAGAAUGGCACCCCUCUGGCUGGCAUCACUGCCUGGAAGCACAAUGACAGAGACAUGAACGAGACCUCGCCCAAUCUAAAAAUCACUUAUGCCCAAGAGCUGGACAGUGGCGACUACAAGUGUGAGGGAGAGAACUCGCAGUUAAGUGAUCCUGUGCACUUGAAUAUCUCCAGCGACUAUCUACUCCUGCAAGCCACGGCCGAGAAUCUGCAGGAGGGCCAGCCCCUGUUGCUGCAGUGUCAUAGCUGGAAGAACCAGAAGGUGGACAAGGUCACCUACUACAAGAAUAAUGUGUCCCUCGAGUACUGGUACGACAACCAUAACAUCUCCAUGGAAAAAGCCACCAUCGAUGACAAUGGCAAAUACCAUUGUGAGGGCCGAGUCGAAAUGGUAGAGAGGACAUCAGAGGCUGUGUUCAUCAACGUGUCCAAGAUCCCAGCGCUGCUGCUGCUCCUAAUGGCCAUGGACUCAGCUCUGUUCAUCCUCACCCAGCAGCAGCUCACACAGGUGCUCCAGAGUACAAAGAAGGGAAGGAAGGCCACAGGCUCGAACCCAAACCCCCAGCGAGACCGUGCAAAGACCUGA